AUGACGACUAUCCCCCACGUGUCCAACUGGAUCAACGGCGCCCACACCGCCCCAGCGCAGCAGCGCGUCCAAGUCAUCAACCCAGCGACAGAAACCCCGCUCGCCACCAUCGACGCCACGCCACGCGAAACCGUCGACGCCAUCCUCGCGCAGUCGGUGCACACGUUCCAGCACGGCGCCUGGUCGCAGUGCGACGCCUUGACGCGAUUCGCCGUGCUCUCCCGAGCGGCAACGCUCCUCCGGUCUCGCAUCCCCGAGUUCGUCGACCUCGAGACGCAGCAGACCGGGCGGCCCGUGCGCGAGAUGCGCGCCCAGCUCGCCCGCAUCCCGGAGUGGCUCGAAUAUUUCGCCAGCCUGGCGCGGACGCACGAGGGCCGCGUGCCGCCCUUCAAGGGCCCCGUGGUCAACACCCUCACCCGCCUGCCCCUGGGCGUGGUCGCCCAGAUCACGCCGUGGAACCACCCGCUGUUGAUCGCGACCAAGAAGAUCGCGGCCGCGCUCGCCGCGGGGAACGUCGUCGUCGUGAAGCCCUCGGAGAUGGCGCCCCUGUCCGUGCUCCGUCUGGGCUUCCUCUUCCAGGAGGCGGGACUCCCGGACGGGACGUUGCAGGUCGUGUGCGGCCACGGGCGCGAGACGGGCAAAUUUCUCUGCGAGAGCCCGCUGCUGGCAAAGAUCGAUUUGACCGGCGGCAUGGCCACCUAUCGGGCCAUUGCGCCGCGGGCCGCCGAACACAUGAUCCCCGUGACGGCGGAAUUGGGCGGGAAAGCGCCCGUGUGUGUGUUCCCGUCGCUGGACGUCGCGCAGGCCGUCAAGGCCGCCUUGUUUGCCAGUUUUAUCGCCAGCGGCCAGACGUGCGUCACGGGCAGUCGACUGCUCGUGCAUGCCGAGGUGUAUGAGCGGUUCGUCGACUUGUUGGUCAGCCGCGUCGAGGCGCUGCGCGUGGGUGAUCCCACCGACGGCCGCACACAGAUCGGCGCCGUCAUAUCGCAAGCGGCGGUGGAGAGGUGCGCGGCGUUUGUGGACCGUGCGGUCACGGAAGGAGGCAAGGUCCUCUGUGGUGGCCGCCCAACCAAGGUCGGUGGGAAGGGAUUCUUUUUCGAGCCCACCGUCAUUGAGACUCACGCCGCGUCUGACCUGUCGUGCAACGAGGUCUUUGGUCCUGUCAUCGCGCUUAUCCGGUGUGAGUCCGAAGAGCAUAUCAUCAAGAUCGCCAAUGAAACCUCCUUUGCGCUGGGUGCUUCGGUCUGGACGAACGACUUUGCGCAAGCGCACCGCGUGGCGGAGAAAAUUGACGCUGGCAUUGUCUGGGUCAAUGGCCAUCACCUCAACGAUCCUUCGUCCCCCUGGGGCGGCUUCAAGGAGAGUGGCAUGGGCAAGGAGAACGGCGUGGAAGCGUAUGAGAGUUACACAAAGGUCAAGAGUACUGUCUUCAAUUAUGGGGUUCCUCCGACGUGGUUUGACGAUGAGAUUGAAAAUGCCCGUUAUGGGUAG